AUGAAUGAUCUAUUGACUGAGUAAUUAGAAAAUAAAACCUAUAAAGAUAUUUGCUUUCCCGCUUCUCGUUUGUACAGAGUGUUGGGCUUUGACAUCAAUAUAUAAGGAAAAUUGAUAGUCUGUUACUCUGAGCGAUUUAUGAUUCUUAGUCCAAGGAGGAAAUUCAAACUUAUUCAGCUGGUAGAGCAUAAAUUCAAACACACUAAUGUCCUCAUAUAUUGUCGAAGGAAGCAGGUAACCAUUAAUGAUGGAGAUCAAUACUUAACAUAUUCAACAAGGAGAAAAUAUUUUGUUCACAAAAACACGGAACCCAUUAAUGCUAGAUAUUUCAGGAUAGACCCUUAACAUAGUCUCGUACAUAUUGCCAAGGAAUAUGAGUUUUAUCAUGAUAAAUUUUUCGUCCAAAAUGACUUCAACCAUUAGUUUGCAGCUAAGUUUGGUACUCAUCGAUACAAGUAUGAAAGAAUGCCUCUAUCAGUCAAGAUUGCAGAUAAAGACGAGAUCCUUCAUGUUGAUUGUAAAACCAAGAAUUAGAUUUAGGAACUGAUUAGGUGCAAAGUUAAAUAUUGCUUGGAUCCCAAGUAUUUUCAAGGUAAAGAUGAGGAAUAAGAACUUCCAGAAGGAUUGUAUACAGCCCCAAACCCAGAAAUACUUUAUCGGACUUAAUAGUACAAAUUAUACUGCUACGACAAGAUCAAAGAUGACCUGUACUUGGUAUCUACAAGGUAUGAUGAAGAAAAACUUACAGCAUCUAAGCUAAUUAUGAUUAAUAGUAAGGGAAAGGUGAAAAAGAUGCUCUAUCAAACAUACUCUAACAUUGAAUUUUAAAAAAUCCUAAGAUUUGAUUACGAACAGAAUCCUUGGAUCAUCAUGAAAGAGAAUACAAAGCUGAUAAUGUUCAAUAUUUAAAAGUUAUAACCAUAUAUUAUAGCUCCUUAGAUUAAUAUUGUUGAUUAGAAGUGUACCAUAAGACAAUAACUGAAAAAUGGUAAAUUGAUAAUCAUAUCAUACUGUAUGGCUGAUUUUUAAAAAGUGAUUUUCUCAUUGAAUCCUAGUAAAUUAUCAUUAACAUCAGGCAAUUAGGAUUAAUCUUACUGA